AUGGACAACCUCACUGCCUUCACAGAGUUCCUACUCAUGGAUGUUGCAGGCUCCCAGGAGCUUCAGAAUCUGCAAGGUGUGCUGUUCUUAGUGAUUUAUCUGGGAGCACUAACAGGGAAUCUUGUUACUGUCACUGUUAUCAUGACAGACACAUCUGCACUUUCCCAUUGUGCUACACAGAUUUUCCUCGAUCUUCUUUUUGGAGCAGUAGAGAUUGCCUUCCUGGUGGUCAUGUCCUAUGAGCCCUUCAAGACCAUUUGCCACCAUCUGCACUAUCGGCUCAUCAUCACCCUGAGUCUGUGCCCCCAGACCAUAGCUGGCUCCUGGGCUUCUGCUAUCCACACAGGUGCUCUGUUCAGGCUUCCCUUCACCAAGACCAAAGUGAUCCCACAAUAUUUCUGUGAUAUUCCUCAAAUUCUGAGGAGUUCCUCUUCAGAUAUCCAGUUUUCUGAAUUUGUAUUCCUUGCUCUAAGUGUUUGCCUUCUCUUAGUGUGCUUUGCCUUUAUGUUAGUGUCAUAUGUUAAUAUAUUUUCAACUUUGCUUAAGACUCAUUCAGUGGAAGCCCAUAACAAAGCCAUGUCCACCUGUACUUCACAGCUGUCCAAUCUCCUUUUAUUUCUCUUAUCUGGAACUGUGGUUGUCUUAAGUCCCAUUGCAAAGAGGCUAUCCCUUAAGAAUAGGCUGACUGCCAUUUUCUACAGCAUGGUGCCCCCAUUUAUGAACCCCAUCAUCUACUGUCUGCAUAACAAGGAGAUUAAUGCUGAUGUAUGA